AUGGCGAGCAGUUGGGUUUCUCUACUGGGAACCAUUUGGAGCAUCGAGACUUUGUUCUUGCUCUUUUCAAUAUUGUUGCUUCGGGGGCCUCUUUGUAGUGAGAGCAGCCCCAUCUCCAACACCGACCAGAGGCUUCGACCCACUCCGGGACUGGGAAGGGCGGUGGAGUCGUCCCAGUUGGAGCAGGAUAACAAUCUGAUCAUGCAGGGUGUGCUUGCGAGUCUGAAAGAACAGUUCUUGCAGACCUUCAACGUGUCUGGCCUGGGUCCACCUCCACUGCCACCUGGAAGUGUACGAGAGGAGCCACCUGAGUACAUGAUGGAACUCUACAACCGCUUUGCCAACGACCGCACGUCUGUGCCCAGCGCCAGCAUCAUUCGCAGCUUCAAGAAUGAGGAUUCCUCUUCAAGCACUGUCGAUGGCGGGGGUGUGAGGUGCCACCCACUCCUCUUCAACAUGUCAGUCCCCCAUCACGAACGCAUCACAGCAGCCGAGCUCCGCCUCUACACGCUUGUCCAGACCGACCGCCACCUGUUCGCCGGCGUGGACCGCAAAGUCACAAUCUAUGAACUGGUACAUCAUGACCAAGAUGUCAACAGCACAGAUAAUAAUUUUGACACAGGAGACAACUUUGGUGAUGGAAAGGAGCAGAUGGAGCUGGUGGAGUUGGCUUCGAGACAAGUUUAUGGCACUGACGAUGGCUGGGAAGCAUUCAACCUUUCUGCUACUGCCCAGAGGUGGAGUAAAUCGGAGCACGGCACCACACAUCGUUUGGAGGUGCACAUUGACAGCAUGGCUGGUGGGGAUGACGCUCAACGUGUAACAGACGAAAACAAAAAUUGGAUUAUUGGAGGAGACAUGAAGAUUGAUACGAACAUCAAGGAAAAACACAAACCCCUGCUGAUUGUUUUCUCUGACGAUGAAAGCAGCGACCAUCGAGAUGACAAGCGUGACCUAAAUGAAAUGAUUGACCAUGAAACCUCUGACGGAACCCUGCAAAAUGACCUGGAGAAUGACCUGUGGGACGAGUUGGAGCGAGAUGAAUAUGAGCCAGAUGAAGGUGACCUGAUACAAAUGCGCUCCAAUCUGAUCUACGACACGACCCCACGCAUCCGCCGGAAUGCCAAGGGCAACCACUGCAGGAGACAACCUCUGCAUGUAGAAUUCAAAGAUAUUGGAUGGGACAGUUGGAUCCUGGCACCCACCAGUUAUGAAGCCUUUGAGUGCUCGGGGAUUUGUUCGUUCCCCCUAACAAAGCACGUGACGCCCACCAAACACGCCAUCAUCCAAACACUGGUGAACAUCAACAGCCCUCAGAAAACAGCCCGGGCGUGUUGUGUGCCCACCAAGCUGGAUCCCAUCUCACUCCUGUACCUGGACGACACGGGCGUGGUCACGUACAAGCACAGGUACGAAGGCAUGGUGGUGGCAGAAUGCGGCUGUAGAUAG